ACAUCCCACAGAGUGACACUUCCGGUGGGUCUUCCGGUAAAGUCACACACGCGUUGUUGAUAACGGAUGACUUUGGGACAGCAGGGUGAGUGAGAUAGCUGGCUUGAAGAUACAAAAUUUAUUCGCUAUGGCUUCAUCCUGUACACAGCUCUGUCUACAAGGCAGGAAUCUUCUCUGCUCCAAGGCAGUGGCUCGCACCUGGCAGUAUAACUCUCAAGUUCGACAUUGCAUUACAGUUCCAAGGGGAUCCAGCAAAAUCCUAAAUGGAUGCUCACUUAACAAGGGGAAUCACAAAACAACCCAGACGAGACCGAGAUGGAAACAACCAAUGUUCCGUUACAGUGACUUAGCUUCCAAACAUCUGGCAACUGAGGCUUUGGAAAAUAAGGCUGUUGAAGAAACCUCUACAGCUGAUGUUGUAGCAUACAAGAGCCCCCUGUUGCCAAUCAGAGAUGCUGUGUCCGUGACGGAAACGCCAUUAGAUCUGGAUGCUGCUACUGAGGUUUCAGCAUUAGAGGUGAUCAGUGUGGAAGAGGCUGUCAGUAUAACGGUUCCUUCUGACAUCCCCGCUGCCUCCACCUCUCUAAAAGACUAUGUCGACAAGUCUGAGACGCUCAGCAAACUGGUACAGCUGGGUGUACAUCUGUGGAAGCUUGAACAAAGGCCUAACGUGGGCUCCAUGUUACUGAAGCUCGACUUCAACACAGAUGUGGCGCCAAGGCUGCUGUUCCUCAAAGAUAUCGGGGUGGACGACUCUCACUUUGGCGAAAUCAUCACGCAAAACCCCUUCAUUCUCACUGAGGGUUUGGAAAACCUGCAAUCCAGGGUGAACUUUCUCAAGUCACAGAAGUUCAGCUCUGAGAAUGUUGCAUCCAUGGUGUCCAGAGCUCCAUAUAUACUGAACUUCACUGUGAAGAGGCUGGACAACAGAUUGGGCUUCUAUCAGCAGAGACUCAAACUCAGUGCUUCUAAUACGCGGCACAUUUUAACUCGUCUACCCAGAUUACUUUGUGGCAGUCUGGAGCCUGUUAAAGAAAAUCUGAAGUUGUGUGAAAUGGAGCUCGGCUUUAAGGAAAAUGAGAUCCAACACAUAGUUGUUACAGUCCCUAAAGUUCUGACCGCAAACAAAAUUAAGCUGACCAAAAUAUUUGACUUCGUCCACAAUACCAUGAAGGUGCCCCACGACCUGAUCGCCAAGUUUCCACAGGUCCUGAAUUGCAAGUACAUGCGUAUCAGAGAGCGCCACCAGUUCCUCGUGUACCUUGGAAAGGCUCAGUAUGACCCAAACCUGCCCAACUACAUCUCCCUGGAACGUCUGGUGAUUUUGCCAAAUGACAUUUUUUGCACUGAGUUGGCUCUUGCCACAUUGGAAGAUUUUACUUUGUUCCAAAAGACACUGUGAUUCUUCAGAAAAUGGACGAUCAAGCGCACAGAAUAAAUACUGUAAGGUCAAAUGCAUGCAGACAUGAAGGCUUGUGAUCAACUGAGUUGGAAUAAAACGUCUUUGUAAAUGCAAUGUUGAAUAAAUGUACACAAUGUUAGUAAAAAUUGAGAGUGGAUUGUUGAAAUGUGACCAUCUUCUGCUCCAAUACAAAAUGUAAAGUGAAAUAUUGUUAUUUUGACACCACUGCAUUUCUCUGACAGCAUAGUCUCUGAACAUUUAGAUAUUGCAUACAAAACAUAAAACCAGUGUUUAAAGAAUGAAGCAUUGUUAUGCUGUAUAUUGUAGGCUACCUGACAUAUUGGUGCUGAAAAGCAUAACAUGUCAGUGUCAGGAAUGCUGGCCAAUUAAUAAAAUGUAUAACUACUUUUUCACUAUUUGAGGUUAAUAUUGAUGCUAUUUUUUUUAAAUUAAUAAACCUGUUACAACUUAAAUAAGA